AUGGCCGAUGGUCCGUGCCCAGUCCUCCAGUACGCCGACGACACCAUCAUUCUCUUCAGGGCGGAGACCGGAGGUGUUGCCAGGCUCAAACAGCUCCUCGACAUGUUCUCAUCGGCGACCGGCCUCAAGAUCCACUAUAACAAGAGCACUAUCACGUCGAUGCACUUGCCGGAGAGGGCCAUCGAGGAUUUCCUAGGCAUUCUCAACUGCAACGUCGGCAGUUUUCCCCAAACCUACCUGGGACUGCCGCUCUCCAAUGUCAAGCUCUGGCUUUCAGCGUUUGCUCCACUCAUUGCCAAGGUGGAUCGGUACCUAGCGGGCUAG